UUUGAACUGUGAAAGUCCAGUUUCAUCACGUAGCCGUCAUUCUUAUCAUUUUCAACUGACGGAUCACUGGACAAGUUUCUCCUGCGACCCCGCCCAUGUUUCCCUUAUACACUGUAUUGUUUCAAAUAGUUAUAUGACGAGCUGUGCGCAGUCGUUUUGAAAUGAUAUUUUAUAGUAUAAUAGUAGAAGGACGCCAUAUGGACUGACGUAACUGUUAAAUCUUUCCUGGAAAUUAUAAAAGGUUUCCUGUAAACCGAACACUACAGUACUUCAUCAACCACGCCAACUCCACGUCAUAUGUAAGCACAAGCUUCUUGGUGUCGGGUAUAUUUGUUUGAAGCCGAGCUGGCACCCAGAGAGGUGUCCUCUAGUACAGCACCCCUCUCAUAUUACAAGUAGUGCAGGCCGACUCUAAAAGGUGCAAUCCAACCCCUCCCAUGAGCCUUCAAAGUGCAAGCCUCAGCUAACUAGGUAUACAAGCAACGAGCAACCACUCCACAGAAAAUAGAUCCUAUAAAAGAAGCGGUAAUACGAGCUAGCAAGUGCUCGAAAUCUGUCCGAUAAGGUUUUUAUUACAAGGCCUAUAGCUCUGGAUUCUCGUAGCAUGUUGGUGGGACAGUAUUCAGUAUAGUGAAGGAGUUAUGAAGAGAUGGAAAGUUCAGGUUCCAUAGAUUUCCCUGAAACUGAGUAAUUUGAUCUUGGUGCUUCUUGAAGUCAAACACAGACAACCCUACUACCUCAGUAAACUAAUGAGAUACCAGAUAUGCCCGGCUUAGAUUUCUGUACAGAAGAUAUUGGCAAGGCCUGUGUCGUUAACUGAGCGAGGUUCAAGUAACACAAACGUAAGAAAGGCAGCUGUAAAGACACAGAGGGAAAUACUAGCUCCUUCAGAAAUGUGACUAGAAGCACAGAAAAAUUCUAAAGAAUAAUGACAGUAAGAUGAAUAGAGCCUAGAAGAGAGAAAAAAGAGAGAGAUGCAGAAUCAAGAUGAUAAAUUAAGUAAAAAACCCUGAAGAAAAGAACGGAGAAUCUGAACUAACAUCUCUUGAUUGAUUAACUGGGCAACAGAUAGGACUACGCAGAAACCACAAUGAACGAGCUCCUUGGAUGGUAUGGUUAUGAGAAGUUGGACAGUAGAGAAACUCAGGGACUUAACCUUCAACAUUUCACGGCUGCUACUUCACCAAGGACGUCAUCGACUCCAGAUGGCAGUGGUUCUGAAGAUACCAGCCGGGAUGUAUCCUCUAACCAGGGUGCAACUAGAGUCCUUACUCCUGGAACUACCAAUAGCGAAACAAAAGAAUCUAGCCCGAGAGUAGAAGAGUACAACAAUCUUCCAUCUGGGUGCAUAAUUUGUGCGUGGUGUCAGAAAGUGGGAAUGAAGCUUUUUACUUUGAAAACAACCAAUGGCAGUAAAGCAUUUUGUAGCGAACUUUGCUUUACUCAAUGUCGAAGAGCAUCUUUUAAAAAGAACAAAGUCUGUGAUUGGUGUAAACAUGUGCGGCACACUGUUAACUACGUCGACUUUCAGGAUGGAGAACAACAGCUUCAAUUCUGUAGUGACAAGUGCUUGAACCAGUACAGAAUGAAUAUAUUUUGCAAAGAGACCCAAGCUCAUCUCCAAAUGCAUCCACAUUUGAAAGAAGCAGCGUGUAAAAUAUCAGCUAGUGGCUCAAUGAACUUGAUUACUCCUGAGCUCUGGCUUCAAGACUGCAAAACACCAGGUUUCACAAAUGGCCAUGGUCCCAAGAGCUCAGAGACAAUGGAGGAUCGAGAUACUCCACCAGUAGACAGAAAUAAGAGGACGACGUCUUCCACUCCAUUAUCCCUCAACGCUUCGGGAAACUCCUCUUUCCGAGAGAAUGAAAUACCAACUCGGCAGUCUUCCAAAGGGAAAGAACAAGAUAAACCACGUCGUUCUACUCGCAACUCAACAAAACAUUAUUCUGAAACAACACUCACACCACCUCAUCGUCACACAGUACGCUCCCCAAGCAUCACACCUCAUAGCCCACCCAAUGUGGGUCUUCACAGCAGCUUGUUGAACGGUCCCUGUUCGACAAUCAAUUCCCACCAAUCUCACGCUCCUUCAAAUGUGCCUCCUCCUUUUCCCUUUGGUCCUGAUCACAUGCGACCUCAAAUGAUUUCUCCUAGCAUGUAUCCGUCACCUCUAAACCUAAUGGCUCAGCAACAAAUGGAAGCAUUGUUCCGAAUGCAGCAUGGAUUAGGGAUCAGACCGAGUCUCGCGCCACUUCCUGUUCCUCCGAGUUUAAUGCCACCCAUUCCCCCUUUGUCACAAACUAGUGUGCCCUGCUCAUUUCCGAGCCCUCAACCUCACCUACUUCCUCACACUCAAACACACAGCUCCUCGUCAUCCUCUCUCUUUCCUCCCGUGACGAUGAUGGUUCCUUGUCCUAUUCCUUUUCCUAUUCCUAUUCCUAUCCCCAUUUUUCUUCCUCUUUCACCUAAACUUUGGGAAAAAGCUAAAUCUCAGUUUUCAAGCGGAGAAAAUGAGUCUCAACCCCAAACAUCUUUGACAGAAAGUUUGGGAAAUCUUCCAAGCAACAAGAACAAUAAGACCAGAAAGACAUCUGAAGUUUCUUCUACCAAAAGAGUUGAUUCUGUGAUAACAAAACUGGUAUCUGAGCAGCGGAUUCCUUACUCGAGCUCGCACUCAAACACUCUACGACUAAGUCCAGGAGGAAUAGAUAAUACCUCUCAUUUUUCAAGCAGAAUUACCCAGUCAGUUGGUCAAGGAGAAAAAUCGUUCGAUGAAUCCACCACCAGAUGCCGUCUUCUGGAAACAGUAAGUACUGACGAUGAUAAUUUUACAUCAGAGGACAGCGAAUUAGGCGCUUUGGGCACUUCUGGCUUAGACGCCAGUCCUGUUUAUUCAUAUUCCUUUUCUAACGUCGCUCUUAGAGACGAAGGCGACAGGUUGAAUGUGGAUCAAUCUGCAAAUUGUUAUAACUCAGUGGUUAAACCAGUCUCUCUUAGACAAAAGCGGCCGUCUCCAGAAUCUGUGAACUCAACUUCCACGUACAAAAGAAAGUGUAUACAAGAAAAUUCACCAAAAUAAAACUAGCAUAGAAUAUUGGUGUUAUCUCAUAAUUAAAAGACCCCGAAUAAUUUUAUGAUUGCUUCAAAAUUUCUCUUUACUCUGUUCCUUUUAAUCAUUUCAGACAAGAUCCAAACACUCCAGCCUUUAUCAGGCAGUAGUUACUCAAUUGUCCGUCCGAUGGUUCUAAUCAUUCAAUGUUAUGAAGUUCAAGCUACUCAGACAGAAUAAAAGGAAAAUCACUCAGAACAGAAUAACAAAGAGAUUUGUUGAUUUCAUUUAUCAUAUUGAGAAGGGGUAGGUAAAAUAUUAUUAAAUUUACCAUUUUAGAAAGCAAAAAACAAAAACAUAAACCAUGAGCAAUUAAACUGUUGUCCCUAUUUUGUGAGUUUCCCAAGAGUUUGAAUACUUCAUCAAUCUUUUGUUUUCGAUUGUUUGUUUUAUGCGCUGUCUCAGCUUUAUCUUGGUAUUGCUUGCUUAUAAGGAAAAGCGAAAAAAUGACCUAUAUAAAUAUGGCAUUUAAUCAAACUGCAUCAAGUUAAGGUUUUGCUGUUCUUUUCAAAAUUGUAAUAUGGAUAUGCAACUAAUCCGCAUUUUUAUGUAGCUUGUAUAACGCCGAAUCGAAGCAUGAAGGUGUGAUCAAACAAGGCUGUGUCCACUUCAUUCAGACUAAGUAUAAUUAAUAUGGUCUGAAUAAACUAUCUUGCUGUAGUAUAAUAGGGUAAGGUUGAGAACGAAGUGUUAAAAAAAACUGUUAGUAGUUUUGUUUUGAUAUAUCAUUUCUUGUACCUUGCAAUUGACGCUCUCUUAAUUAAAAAAAAAACCUGGUGAUUUUUUUGUAGCGAUUCAAGUGUUUUCUAGCCUUAAAUUUUGUAUUAUUCAAAGAUUUUAUCGUUAUUAUAUCAACAAAAUAUUUAACUGUUUCACCUAUAUUUCAAUCAUUACAUUUUGACUGAGCCGUGUAGUCCGCUCUUAAUUAGCUUUAAUAUUUGAACAUUUUCUUUCUAAAAACACCUGACAACCAGUUCUCAACCUUGUGAAAUUAAAAGCACGUAUUAAGACUAGUGAAAAUUUACAAAUUGUACAUUAUUAGUUUUUAUGAAAAUAACCCAUAGUGUGCAAUUCAAUUUACUUUUAUUUUGAAGGGAAAUAUUUUGGGCAUGACAUUGUUUACUGUCCGCUGAAGGAAUGACCUUUGUUCCGACAUUGUCAUUUUUCCGGUUUUGGAAAAUUUUUAUGUAAAUAAGUAUAUUUUAAUCUGUACAGACUUUCGUGCUUUUCUUUGUGUAAUAUAUGGUUAUAAAGGUUCCAUUUAAAAAUAUUUCGGAGCUUUUUAGACUAAAUUUUUUGCUUCUGUUUAGUAGUGAGCUGUUUAAUAUAUAUAUAUAUAUAUAUAUAUAUAUAUAUAUAUAUAAUGCUAAAGACAUUAUAUAAGAUCUUUCUCAUCUCGAACAGAUUUGUAAAUAAGCUAAAAGCAGGCAAACUUGAGCUCAUUUUAAGAGCACAACUGUCUGAAAAAUGUAAGCUUCGUCACAAAACUAUAUAUACGGUUGUGAAUGUACAUUUAAAUGUGUCAGAAAAACUCUUGUUUCUCUCCUCGAUCUUUGGGAAAUAAAGUAAAUUUUACAAUCA